GUCAAAAUCGGCAGUUUCAGAGAGGAGGGAGUUGUUGGGGCCUUUGAAUGGAGUAAACGUGGACCAAGAGUAUGCUUGGAUGGUGUUGAACGUUGCAAUAACAAUUGUCAGGUGUGCUUUGCUGAAGCAAAGCAAGGACACUUCAGAUUAUAAUAGGAUCCUCAAUUUGGUCAAUGAAGCCUCCCCCUGGUUCAAGGUUUUAGAAGUUAAUGCACAUGAUAAAAUGCUUCAGAUGCUUCUGGAGUAUUUGAGCGGAAUUGCUUUGUUUCUGGCUAAGGAUUCAGUGCGCUUUGGUUGGCAUUUAGUGCGCAGGUUUUGCGAACAAAUAUUUGAUCUGUAUAGAGGAUCAUCUGAGAGAGAUGAAGUGUGGAAGUUUGCAAGUAAUAUAUGUUCUUCUCUCUUUGCACAACAACAAGCUUCUGAUACUGUAGAAUUUUUAAAAUUUGUACUGGAAUCGAUGUCCAAUGAAAGCAAGGAUGGCAGUGAGAGCACUAUAAUAAAAUAUCUGGAACUAAUAGGUUAUUCUGCAAAUGAGUGUCGAAUAAUAACAAGUAUUUCUAGUGAUGUUGCAAUGCACUUUGAAGAACUAUCCCUUAAUCUUACAAGAAAAUUAAAUAAAUCAGUGGAUCCCGAUCAGGGCGGGUCUAUUGCCGGAUGGAUUAUUGGGAUUUAUGCAACUAGUUUGUCUAUCCUUCAUUUUGCAUCUCACUCUACCAUCCAAGGAAACACGAAAGAUGGAUCUGCAUCAAGGAUUUUGCUUAGUCAAGGGGACAAUAUUCAGAAAUUGAAAUCUUUGCUCAAUUUAUUGAAACAUGGCUUAGAUAUUGGCAUCAAACAGAGUAACUCACCACAUAAACAUGUUCUAUUCCUACCAUCAUAUUUUGAUGCCUUAAAAUUCUUAUGCCAUCCUCUAGCUCAGUUGAUUAAUUCUGAACAAGGGGAGAAGUUUACAGAAAUGGAAAGUCUAUAUAUUUUCCAGGAUGCCCUGAGUCAAUACUGCCAUGUGUUUAUCCAAUGCCACAGCGGACCUUCCAGCAAGCACAAGGAAUGUGAUGAGAAAAGUAGAAACAUACAUGUAGCUGUAGCUGCCUUUUCACUCUCUUUGAGAACAAAGCACAAUAUGGAGGAAAAUGUCAAGUUUCUAGAAUAUUUCAUUCAGAGUGAUAUUCACAUCAAUAGGCUUAAGUAUCUAUGUACAUAUGUUUACAAUGUUGCUGUUAUAUCUUACAACAGCAAACAAAUGAUAGAGGCUUCCAAGGCUUUAAAGUUAUAUAGCAAAGCAUCUUCAGCAUGCAUCUUAAGGAGCUGUGAAAAGUUUUCACACAUAUCAAAUGAGCUUCAAAAUGAAUUGUCAGAAGAUUUUAUGAUAGGAUUCAUUAAUAAAGCAUUUGCCAAAAUUGCUAACCUUUUGGAUCUACUCUACCAUAGUUGUAGCAGUAAUGAGGUUGAGGAGAUUCUCAUUGAUUGCCUCAAAAGCUGGUCGGUGGCAAAAUGCUUGCUUGGCACACUUCCAGGUCCCACUGUUAUUGUGAAACAAUCCGUUAAGAUAAGACUGGAACUCCCCAAGGAUGUGGAUAUAGAGGAAGAUGCCACAUUGUUAUACCCUAUAUUAUCAUCUUCAGAAGAAUUUAGAGGAACUGUAGGAUUAAUACUAGAGGAGGAGCUUCAAGCAUAUAAAGAUUUGAUAAGUAUGAACCAAAGUUUAUGUCAGAAAAUGAGACUGAAGAUCAUCAGCAUUCUUUUAGAAAAAGUAUAUGCUACAGAGGACACUUACUUGCAGAAAUCUAGAGUUCUUAUUGCCAAAUCUGAGGUGUUAAGAGGUCAAGGACUUUGUCAUGAUUGUAUUUGGUGUCUAUCUGAAGCAAUAUCUACAAUGGAAAAGCAUUUUGCGGCAAAAGAAAGAGAAGGUGAAAAAAAUAGCUGCACGGAUUCAGCUUGCGAUAUAGUUGCUCGGGCAUAUUGCAUACGUGCACUAUGUACCAAUGAGAUUGAACCAAACUCAAAGCUGCUCUAUGAAGAUAUUUAUGCUGCAGUUAGAGUGUUAAUGAGCCCUCAUGUGUGCCAUCCAUCUGGUCAGUGUAAUAUGUUGUCAGAAGCCAUGUUGAAUUUGCUCUAUCAGAUUAUUGAUUUAUUAUCAAUUAAGGGAAACUUGGAAUCUCAUAUUGAAAUUUUUGAGGUGAUCAUACAGUUAUCUAAACUGAAAAAGAUUCCACUAGAGAUAUUGUUGUCAUGGCUAUGGAAACAUAGAAGACUUAGUCAUGCUCUCUGUGCUUUGCCUGUUAACGAUAUUUUCAUCGAAGCAUUAUCAAAACAUUGUGGUGAAGUUGUCAAUUCCUUAGAAUACUGGACAAAUUGUCUGAAGGCAUCACAACCAUUACUAGUUGGGUUUCAUCAGAGCUUCCAUGCGGUUUUCUCUCUUUCUUCUCAAAAUCCGUGUAACUAUAACGGAUUCCUACAAUCAGAUGUUUCAGAUAAUAAAGUGAAUCUCACUGCAUUAGAUCUUCCUUCCAGUGUUCCUCUAUCAAGUGAUUCAGCUUUCCUUUCAGCAUAUCUCUAUUAUGACUUGAGUGAAAGAUUAAUUCAAAGCGGACAACUAACUGAAGCCUUUUCGUAUGCAAAAGCAUCAUACCGUUUAUGAGAAGCCCUUCUAAAUAGGAAGUUCCUGUAUCACAUUGAGAAGCAGAAUGGGAACGACCAUCUUGCAUCAUUCCAAAUAUAUGAUUCAGUUGCUACAGAAGCUUUGUUUUGUGAAAGUCUUUCUUUUGAUUCAGAAAGCUGCAUGCUCACUCCUUGGAAUGUGCUCCAAUGCUAUCUUGAAAGCACUCUACAGGUUGGAAUCAUUAGUGAGAUUCUUGGAAAUGAAGAUGUGGCCAAAGAUUAUCUACAGUCGGGAAAAGUCAUGUCGUGCUCUCAGAGCUUGCCACUUUUCAUAGUUUCAUUUUCUUGCAUUAUAGGUCAAAUUUACAUUAAACAGGAGCUAUGGGAGAUGGCUGAAAAGGAAACUCAAGCAGCUAAGAAAGCGUUGGCUGAUAGUUUCGGUGCAUCUUCUUGCAAGUGCAGAGCUGUUUUUGAAGUUACUAUUGAUAAGCUUUUUGGAGAUAUAUACAGAAAGCGGUUUUGUAGUGAUCUAGAAAAUUCUAUCUCAAAGGAGUUAACACUUGCUAAAGAGAAUUACAAGUCUGCCAUUGACAAGUUGGCUCUCUCUGAACGAAAUAAUUUUUUUAGUGGUCGCAAGGUAGUUGAUUCUAAGCAUGCCAAGCACAAAGCUAAUUCACUUUCUUAUCAUGCAACUGCUCAUUCAAUUGUGGAUGAGGUUUCAACAAAGUGUAGGAAACACGAAAAUGCAAUCGAGACUGUAAUUAUUAGGAAGGGUAAGGACUUAGAAUCUGGCAUAAGGUUGACCAGAUCUAGAUAUCGUUCUCUAAAUAAAAGCUGCGAAACUGUGCAUGCACAGUCUGAUACUGCUAUGGAGUUGAACUCCACUUGCUACAGACUGAACUGUUGGCACUAUCUUACUCUUGAGGCUCUUCAUUCUGGGUGUAUGAGCAGUUUCAUAUGCUUUAAAUGGGAGCUUAUUCGAAGAAAUCUCUUACAGCAGAUGUUAAUUAGCUUAGGAAAAUGCUCCUGUCUAUGCGAUGAGAACCAUGAGGCUCAUAAGGUCUUUCUUCAAAGUGUAUAUUUGCUCACUAGAGAUCCAUCAUGCCCCCAAUAUUCUUCUCUUUCUUUUGUUUCCUUGCUCGACCAGGUGGAAAAGAAUAAUUGGUCAAAGUUAUUUGCAGUUCAUCAUGCAGAAAUGCUUUAUUACAUUUGCUGGUCAGCUUUGAAAAGUAAUUAUUGCAAAGCGACUAGGAAACUAUCCUGUAAAAGUAAUUGUGACUUUUCUUCUGUGAAUAUAUCAAAGAUAGUCUAUUGGUUGAAAGUAGCCUUUAUUCAGAGCCGUGAGGUUCCUUUACAUUUUCAAAAGGUAUCGAGGCUGCUUGCUACAGUCUAUGUACUUUCAACAUCCAUCAAGAAUCUCGCUGUACCAUCUCACAGUGUAGUCUCUGAAAGGCAAUGGGCAUCAUUCUUCCAUCAAGCCUCACUUGGUGCUCAUUUCAACCUGCAGCUCUUCUCAACCCUAAAGAAGCAGCAUAAUGGACAAGAUAUUUCAGAUUUUAAGCUCUCAAAAACUCUGUAAAUUGGAGCGUUCUCUAUCAUUGGUAUCAUUGGAGCGCGAUUCCUGUUGCCUGUAAAUGGUUGUUACGCUCACAAAUAUGGAAAGCAGAUUAGAUCCGAUUGAGCAGAAGCUGGAAUGCAACAGUAAGGAACUGCGAAACAUUAACAAGACGAUUGCGGAGAUGCGCAAUUUAAUGGUCCAGCAGAAUGACAGUCGUUCGUUAGCCGCUGUUUCCAGUUCGCAGUCGCGAACUUCGUCUCACAGUUCGCAGUCGUGAACCGUUUCUCUGAGUUAGCAGGUUUGGUCGCAAACCUCUUCUCCCAGUAAGCCAGCUUCAUCGCAAGCAGAAUAUUCCCGUCCGCAGGUGUCAGCGCUUGCCAAUCCUCCCAGUUCGCAUGUUCCGCCGCGAGCAACUUUUCACUGUUCACAGGCUUCAACGUUCCUCAAGGAGUUAUGGGUCUGCGGCAACCUUCCUCUGAAGAUGCGUUCACUGAGGAUGACGAUGAACGCUAGGAGCAAUCUACAGUUGCCAUUAGACCUGAAGGUAGCGCAAUUGCUCGAUUCCUCACUCGUAACACUUCCUCCAAGUACUGCUUGUGUUGGAAAAUCCAUAAUUUCUUCCCAGCUUGUACAGAAGACAAACUUGCCAAAUGUCUUAAGGUCUGAAAUGAUGUACCAAUUACUGUGGACAUCAACUGAAGCACCUGUGUCAUCAACUCCUAUAGGGGCAUGCAAUUUCAACUUCUCUGAUGAACUAAUAAUUGAAUUGUUCAGAGAAUGCAGAGUGAUUAGGAGAGGUCUGACUGGUGAUUUAGACAAGUCAAGGAAAGAGGGAAAACCCAUAAUAAUUAAGGAGAUGCAUUUAGAUCCCAGCUUUUUGAAUAACUGUGAUAUGAAAAACAAACUCCAGUCUUUUGAGGAGAAGGCAUUUGAUGAAAUUCACCAAUUGAAAGCUGUAGAUGCAGCCGCCUGUUGACCUCAAGCCUAUAAAUUGCCCUCUCAGAAAGUUAUGUUCAGUCAACAUAUGUUUUUCCUGUCGGAAGAUCCCGCUUUGCCAAUUUCUUUUUCUGUGGGUAGAAGAUCAGCUGCUGUUUUCUUGUUGCUUGUGAGUGGCACCCUACAGGGAAACUGUCAGAUUCUGUCUUGAUUCUUCCAUCCUCCAGCAUCAGCAACAAAGAUUGAAUGAUCUUGAUUCCUUAUAUAUGUUGACUAUUGGGUUGGAAAUCGCUCUUGAAGUUCAGUCUCUAGUCAGGGUGUUGGAAUGUGGUGCUAAGAACAUGAAUUGCUAUCCGUUGAUCAUGUACCGGGACAGUCUUGUGUCAACACCACCUCCUAAUGAUUGAAUGAUCUUAAUUACCGAUUGCUCGACACAUGUUAAUAAAUGAAAGUGAAUUGGCCACGUUGAACGGAAUGCCAUUCUCAAAAAAAAAAUCUACCAACAUCUAAAUAGCACUGCCAGCUUGCUUCGUUUUCACCCGCAGGAAUUUCCUUCUGAUUGUCACCUUUGACGUCAGUGACAAAUCUAUUAAGAGGGCCCCGGAUGCCUCGUUGGGUAUUGCUACCACCACUUGAAUCUCCUCCGUAUGGGUUCACACUGAUAAUAUGAACCACUAUUAAUAACCUCCUCACGAUCUCUGUCUCGGACUGCUUGUGUUUUCUCGUUCAACUUCAGAAGGUCUAACAUCUCCUGUUUUACAUUAUCCGGAACAGACGGACACAGUCUUACAUUUUUCCUGGUGCAGGGUUGUUGUAGCUCAAAUGACGAUCAGAGAAAACACAGCACACUCUGGAAUGCACCUGGAUCAGUUGACAAUCUUGAAGAUUUUGUUCUAAAAUAUUUUGAAAGCUUACCUUCUGCUACAGUGGUUUGUAUUAGCUUCAUCGCUGGUACUCUUGCCACUUUGCUGGGUCAGCUGUUAUGCCGCCCUUCUCCUAUUCAAUCAUGGAUACUUUUGUCACGGAUGAGUUCCACAAAUAAUCCUGUUUUAGUAGUUCUUCCUAUAAAUUCAGUUUUAAAAGACACCGAGGAACUAUGCUCCAGCGUUUCCGUUCAAGCCAGUGAUUUUACUAAGCAGUGGCAUUGCAAUUGGGCAUCAUCUUGUGUAAUUAAUAAUGUGGCCCCAUUAUUUAGGGACAUAUUGGAAAAGAGUUACUUGUGCUCAGAGGUUGGUCCUGAUACAUCAGAAAGCACAACUUUAUGGUGGAAGUCAAGGAGGCAACUUGAUGAGUCCCUUGCCAGGUUUUUGCAGGAUUUAGAGGAACUAUGGCUGGGUCCUUGGAAAUACUUACUUUUGGGUGAGUUGUCCGGAUGUGAGCUCCUGGAUUCAUCUUUGAUGAAUGUAGUUGAACAUUUAAAACUUGAAAACAAAUCGGAUGUUGAUAUGGCUCUUCUCAAGAUAGUUCUUGGAGGCGCUAAUCAUGCAGUUGAGAAAGAUGACUGCAUUUGUCAGCUGCUUUUAACUAAUGGAUGCCACAUAGGUGGACAUGGUGAUGGUACAUGUCAACCAUUAUCCAAAAGUUGCACAUAUUCAGAAGCAGUAUAUAAAACAAUAUUUGAUGCGGCUGACAAGCUGGAAGGCUCUGGAUGCAUAAACCGAAAGCCAAGCAUUCUCAUUUUAGACUUUGAUUUGCAGAUGCUUCCAUGGGAGAACCUGCCAAUAUUAAGAGAUCAAGAGGUUUACCGGAUGCCUUCUGUUGGUGCCAUCAAUGCAACACUAGUCAAACGCUGCCUCCACCAAGAAGCUAUCGAAAAGGGGAAUCUGUUGAACUCCAUCCCAUUAGUUGAUCCCCUAGAUGCGUAUUAUGUCUUGAACCCUGAUGGUGAUCUUAGCUUCACCCAGGCUACAUUUGAGGGCUGGUUUAAUGAUAAAAACUUUGAGGGUACGAGCGGAGUUGCGCCCACCGUUGACGAACUGACUGGAGCCUUGAAGAGACAUGACCUAUUUCUUUAUUUUGGGCAUGGAAACGGCAUGCAAUACAUCCCUGCAGACAAAAAAAAAGAUCUAGAAACUUGCUCGGCUUGCCUACUAAUGGGAUGCAGCAGCGGAUCACUUAAAGGCAACAAGUCCUACAUUCCUCAGGGCGCCCCCUUAAGUUACCUCUCAGCAGGCUCUCCAAUCAUAGUUGCCAAUCUUUGGGAAGUGACCGACAAAGACAUUGACAGGUUCGGCAAGACAUUGCUGGAAGGGUGGUUAAGAGAAAGGUCCAACUUUAAUGGAGACUGUGACCAAUGUAGUGAAAUUUCGAAGGAGUUAAAGUCCAUGGAUAUAAAAGGAGGUCGGGGAAAUAGAAAGAGGAGGGAUAUGCAUAAUAAAUGUUGUAGGCAUAGGCCGAGAAUUGGGUCAUUCAUGGGGGAAGCUCGAAAGGCAUGCAUCCUUCGAUAUUUGAAUGGGGCAUCCCCAGUUUGCUAUGGUGUUCCCACUGGAAUUAUAAGAAAAAGUGAUUAGUUAUAACCAUCCGCCCUAGAGGUGUGCAAAUUUAUCAUGUAAAUAUAGGUUUUACUUAGGUGGUGGUGGUGUUCAGAACAUGUAACCCAUCAGUUAGGUUUAAGAAUUCCAAAUGGUACUUUUUGAGAACCGUGCCUCGAGACAUGAUGUGUCGUAACAACGGCGACAUGCAUACCCGCAAUUUAUGUUAUAGAAGACUACAUGACCGGGUAUUUGGUGGCCCCGGUUUCGGGUGUAAAAAAUGGGGACCGUGUGGUCCCGGUUUGGUAAUUUAAUGUUUGUAAUUUUUUGUAAUUUUUUUGUAAUUUUUUUGCUUUCUAGGAGGGAGGGGUGUUAAAAAAUCCCCAGAAAUAGCUCAUAUUUGUAAAAAUUUCAAACAUAUACUCUCCUACUCCAUUUUCAUUAAUUCUCCCUACUCUCU